AUGAGUCAAUAUACAUCAAUUGAGAAAAUUCCCCUUAUUAUACAAGAUCUUCGUACUCAAUUUAAAACAGGUUUCACAAAAGAUCUCACCUUUCGUAAGCAGCAAUUGCACAAUUUGAUCCGCUUUCUAGAAGAGAACAAGAAGGUUCUAUUUGAAGCUGUCUGGAAAGACUUGCAUAAGCACAAGCUGGAAUGUGAUGUGGGCGAAAUAUCUCCCAUCAUUGAUGAAUGCAAAUAUUUUAUUAAGCAUUUGGACAGAUUGACUAAAGCAGAAGUAACCACAAAGCGGUUCCUGAUGAACGCUACAGAUAAGACUUUUGUAAGAAAAGAACCAAAAGGGCUUGUAUUGAUCAUAGGUAGGAAAACGCUUGUUUCUCAACAUACCGCAGAAGUAAUAGCCAAGCUUUUGCCUCACUACCUUGACGCACGUGCCUAUUCAGUCAUAACAGGUGGUGUGCCAGAAACUACUGCUGUUUUAGAAAAUCAAUUCGACCAUAUCUUUUAUACCGGUAAUGGGCAGGUCGGCAAGAUCGUUAUGAGUGCAGCAGCCAAACAUCUUACUCCAGUUACACUUGAGCUGGGUGGUAAAUCUCCGGCUUUUAUUGCUGAAGAUGCAGAUGUGAAUAUUACUGCUCAUCGUCUUUUGUGGGGCAAAUUCUUCAACAAUGGACAGACUUGCGUCGCGCCCGAUUAUGUUUUGUGCGUUGAGAGUAAACUGAAAACCUUUCUUGAAGCCUGCCGUGAAACCAUCGAUGAAUAUUAUGGUAAACACCCUCAACGAUGCCCAUCAUAUGGUCGUAUUGUCAAUACACGUCAAUUUGAUCGCUUAAAAGGUAUGUUGGAUCAAUGUGAUCCUGAUACGAUUGUUGUCGGUGGUGAAACCGAUCGAGAAGACCUUUAUAUAGCACCUACAAUUGUAAGCCCUGUCGAUCCUGACACUCACCCGCUUAUGCAACAAGAGAUCUUUGGUCCGAUCCUUCCUGUUAUUCCUAUUCGUAAUAUUGAUGAGGGUAUUCAGAUUGUGAAUGCCCGAGAUCACCCUUUGGCUCUCUAUGUCUUUGCUGGACCCAGCUACAACUACAACAAGAUCCUUGAUCAUACUUCUUCUGGUGGUGUCCUUAUAAAUGAUGUAUUGAUGCACAUACAAGAACUCUCUUUACCUUUUGGCGGCGUAGGACCUUCUGGUACCGGUAACUAUCAUGGUGAUAAGUCAUUUGAGACCUUUACCUAUUUCCGUUCUACAAUGGUAAAGGAUUUGAAGUCUGAAUCCGUUGUAGCUGUUCGUUAUCCUCCUUAUACCAAUGAUAAGAAUACUGUCCUGAAUCUUCUUGUUUAUGGAUUCCCUAGCCGUGUUGGUGCCAAAAUUACAACCUUUACAAAUGUAUGUGGCGCCUUGUGGAAUUUCUUCUUCAAAAAGCCAGAUGCCGCUGCUUAUGAUAGUAAGCUGUAA